UUAUGUGGGCGUUUUAUUAUUGGUGGUAUCACUGGUGUUUUUUAUUAUAUUUUUUCUUUAAAAACAUCACAAAAAUCGCAACUGAGAAUUAUUAAUGUAGAUCGUUAAUUUGAUAAAAAUUAACGAUCGAUGAUAUAGUCAAUCGAAAUAUAUUAUACGCAAAGUAUCACAAUACAAGAAACUACACAACAGCAUCGAAUAGUAAUUUUUGUGUGAACAGUUGUAUUUGAGUACUUGGAAUGGACAACUACUAUUUUAGCCGGCGUAGCUCAUUAUUGUUGUUGGUCCUAUUAUUGUAGUAUGCGUUUUUGAAAAUUAAACAGCUAAUGUCGGGAAGUGUAACUUAUUUAAAUAAUUAAACACCGGAAAGUCUAUUUAACUUCUGUUUAGAUUAUUAAUGUAUCUGCCGUACUGACAGGAUUAAAGGUUAAUAUUUUUAUUUCAACAAAAACGGUUUCGCAUUUGGUGAAAUAUGUUGAUAAACCAAGAUCCACAGUGGAAUGGUGUUACAGCAUCUGAGAUUCAGAUAUUUCCAGAUCUUGAAUUAAUGGAUGGCGAUUGUUUACCUCUCUCAGAUGAUUUAUUUCAGUCUUUAAGUUCUGAAUUAAGUGUUCCACUUUUCAUAGAGGAUGAAACACCUUCCCAAAUAGAGACUGAUUUCGACGAUCAAAUCACAAAUGAUGUCUCUUUCGGAGAACAUACAUCGUGUCUGGAAGAUUUUGAUGUCCACACCUUCCAACAAAGUCCAAAUAUCAAUUCAAAUUUUACUAAUGAUGUCAAAACAGAAAUUAAGUUGGAACCUGCCAGUCCUUAUAUGCAAUUGCCAUUAUCUCCUGUAUCAAGCCAUUCGGAAUCUAGUACAUCUGAAUCUCAAAUGGAAGUGGACUCUGUUAUUUCAUUAUGCGAUUUUAAGCCAACUCCAGAGACACCACCAAUUUCACCACCUCAAAAUAUUUCUCCAUCUACAUCUCCAGAGCCAAUCUUUGAUACAACUAUUGGAAAGCAAGUAAGAUUGAUGCCUAUUAAAUCUCAGGAUGGAAAGUGUACAAAAUUUGUUCUUUCUAAAGCAAAUUCAGCUAAACACGUUCGAGUUCAGCCAAAGAGAGAGUCUACAAAUAAUGGACAGCCUAGGAAUACGAUUUUGUUGAACUCACAGAAUUUUGUUACAUUCGCACAGAAGACUAAACAGAAUUGCACAUCAUACCCUUUUGUGACUCAUUUACUGUCAACCGACGGAAAUAUCAAAGCGCAAAAUUCAGUACAGUUCUCGCCGGUUCAAAUAAAAGCAGAAGCAAGUACAGCGCAAAUAUCACAAGAAAAGUACACAAAUACUGCAGACGUAUACAUUCCAGGAAGAGAAUCUGGUAUCGGUGUCACUGAUAGAUCUUUGAUUCUUAGAAAUGAUACAAAUGGAUGCACCUCUAUAGUUAUGAAAAAUGACUCGCCUGGAUGUAGACCAAUUUUAAUUAAAACAGAGCACUCGAAUUACACUCCAAUUGUCAUAAAAAAUGAAGCUCAAAGCGUUAAUUUUACUGGACGACAAGAAAAUGAAAUAAAAGCAUUGAAAAGGCAACAAAGAAUGAUAAAAAAUAGGGAGUCUGCUUGUCUUUCUCGAAAAAAAAAGAAAGAAUAUGUAUCUUCACUGGAAAAACAAAUUUGUAAAUUGCAAGAAGAGAACAAACAACUAAUGAUGGAAAAUACAAACCUGAAGCAGAAACUGUCAGCACUAGAAAAUACAAUGGGCACUAACAACAAACAUAGAAGUAUCAAUCUAAGUGCAAAUAAAAAGAAUGUUGCUAUUCUUUUGGGUAUGGCUCUUAUGAUAUCCUUAAAUGUCAAUACUUUCAGUAAUGUUCUCUCGAAAAAUAAUCAUCUGAACGUGUUGCCUGUUGACAUUACUACUAAUACACCGUACAUAAGACAUGGGAGGACGUUGUUGUGGACAUCAAAGGAUCAAAUUCAAGAAGAUCACAAAGAGAGUUUCCGUAAAAAUAUAUCGGUGCUUCAACCCAUGUGUCCCAUGUAUAUAAAUAAAAGUGAAUCGAUUCGUUUGGAUUACGAAUUGAGGCGUUGGAUCGGUGGAGAUUCCGAUCAAGAUAACAGGAUUACACCGAAGAGCGCAAAGUUCGACGCGAAAUUCUUAGAAGGAUUAUUAUCGUCGCCGUACGUGAUGCAAAAGAAAGUUAAAGAAAAACAUAACGCGUCACGGAAAACUAAGGCAGAAAUGCUUGGUAAAACAACGGGCUCUUCGAUAUCGAACGCGGUGGAAGUUUUCUCUCCGACGUUGAAAGAGCACGCAUCUUUGUUUGAAGCUUUAGGUAGAAGAGACGAUACGUUCUACGUCGUUUGGUUUAGCGGAGAGCAUUUACUUUUACCAGCUUCGAGGAAAAACAGCACGGGCAGACCGAAAAUGUCAUUAGUUCUUCCUGCAUUGCCUACGAAUGAAACGUUUUCAACGCCUGCAAAUCACAUAACUAUGAUGCAAAUCGAUUGUGAAGUUACUAAUACGCAAUUAUUACAUUUACAACAAUCGGUAAUACCGAAUCAUUUGAAAAACAGUAAUAGAUCUGGAAAUCAGACGCGCCAAACUCCUGUGACUAAUGAUAUAUCCAACAGUGUGACAGAAGAUCUGACUAAAAAUUAUAGACCAUACUUUAUCAAGGAAUCUAGCCAGAAAAUUUUCCACAAACGGAAUUUAAAAGAUAUCUAUGAAUUUAACGUACAAGAGAUGAAGCCCGAAAUCUCGCAGAAAGGCACGCAGAAAACAGAAUCGUCAACGAAGUUUAUGGGAUCACAAAAAAACAAAAAUAAAACUAUCUAUAACGCAUAGGUUAAUCUAAUGUUGUGCUUUAAUCUACGUUGAAAUGCACGCACGUUUACAAACUCGAUUGUUUGGUAAGAUAGAUGAAUAAAUUAAUAUCAUUAUUGUAUAAAUAAAUGAUACGGAACAAUAGACGAAUAUAAUAACAAGAUGAAUAAGUAUCAUCUUUUAAAAAGUUUAUAACAUAUUCGUACGGAGAAUAAUAUUUAUAUAUAUAUAUAUAUAUAUGUCUAACGAGAAUAUUAAAAAUUUUAUUGAAAACAUACAAAUGCGAAUAUGUUCAAGCUAAACUAUGAGUCUACAAUGAUUUGUAGGUACAUAUGUCCUAUUGUAUAUUAUAUACAUUAGGACAAAUUUUCUCGAAUGGUACAAUUUGUAAGGUAAAGUAACACAAGGAAAAUAUAACAAAUAAAAUGAAU